AUGUCGGCGCCCACUUCAAAUCAAUUGUUGCAUCCGCAUCCUUCCACCUCUGACGCCGAAGCAACGACAAUAAAAACAAACUCUACAUCAGUGGACGCUGCAACUGCAACUGCAACUCCUGCAACACUUGUUACCAGAAUUUCGUCAUCUGCAUCGACGAAAUCUGCAAAUUCUGCUAAGUCAACCAAGUCGAGCAAAUCCACCAAGUCUGCCAAAUCAACAAAAAGGUCGCCAGGUAUUUUCAACCUAGAGCGACCACCAUUUGACUUCGCAAUAAAUUUAAUCAUUCACCCUACAGACCUCUCACCGUCACCGUCUACCUCUUCACUAAAUACCACCAAUACCACUGCUACCUCCUCCACCUCUUCCCAAACCCCAAUUGACUCACUUCGGCGUUAUCCCGCAGAACUCACCAAUCCAAUCCCCGAAGAAGGUGACGAGGAAACUAGCAGCGAGUCAUAUUCCAACGAACCCAUUACGCCAGUCAGUGGGAGACAAUCACGGGAUUUUCGCUAUUGCGAACAAAACGACACUUACCACCGCGAUUCCAUUACUAAUUACUCUGUCGCCUCUUCAUCAGGUGUUGCAGAGCAUGCUGACGAUUCGUUGAACACUGUAAAUCUUAAUAAAGACGCCGUGAACCCGGCUCUUUCAUUCCCUUCUCCGAACCACCUCGUUGUUCCUGCACAACAUCUAAUACCACCUUCACAUGCUCCACCACCACCGCCUACUACUCUUACAUCACAGCCGACAUCUGAUGAGCCAUUAAAUACACCGCCUUCACCACAAACUGAGAGCUACCGGCCAAAAUCUGCACGUCGUCCAUCAUCAUCAAGAAGAAAACUCGGAUCUCGACGGUCCUCAUCUGCGCUUUCCACAAUUUCUGUGUUUUCCAGAAAAAUGUCCAUUUUCAAGCGCAAUAGUUACCACGUGGGGGACCGCGGUGCAACAGCCGAUUUUAGAGACCCCAACUAUGAAUCGGGUUCGUCUGAAUCCAACCUCACCCCGUCCGUUCGGGUAACACCGAACACAAGCCGCCGUCGCUUCUCCAUGCAGAGGUCGACACGAUCUAACACCCCACCUUCGCCUGCCUCUCCCGUAGAUACGCCCCCAAAUUCUAGGGAUAAUUUAAACCGCAUCUCCAUCCCCACUAGUAAGGACUUUUUGGAGAAUCGCUCCAAGAAGGGUAGAGCCAACACCGGCCUCUCAAUACGCGAAAAGGUGGUCAAUUUCACCUCAACCAAGUACCCUCGACGGACUCGAAGUGUGGAACGAAAGAAGAAGAAUGAGGAGGAGCUGACCAGGCAGCCAUGGGCAAUUCCUCCGGAUGCUGGGACUGGGAUGAAGGCCAGAAGACUCAGUCUGAGUCUCCCGGAUGACUUUACCGUUGAUGUCGCCGAACUCAUGAAGGAAUAUGAAUACCAGCACAAGUUCCUUGGUCGUCAUGGCAAACACCUUGGUAAGGGGGCGACUUCGAAGGUCACCUUGAUGGCGCGUAGGGGCAGCCCCGGAGAGUUAUAUGCCGUCAAGGAAUUCCGCUCCAAGAGUUCAUCGGAGACGGUGGAGGAGUACGAGAAAAAGAUCAAAUCCGAGUACAGCAUCGCCAAAAGCUUGCAUCAUCCCAACAUCGUCGAGACUAUUCGUCUAUGUACUAACCACGGACGUUGGAAUCAUGUGAUGGAAUACUGCUCCGAAGGUGACCUUUUUACAUUGGUCUCGAAGAGGUACCUCAAAGAAGAGGGCCGCGACGUGGACCGUCUUUGCAUAUUCAAGCAGCUCUGCCAAGGAAUCAACUACCUGCACUCGAAUGGUAUCGCCCAUCGCGAUAUUAAGCUGGAGAACCUUCUCAUUACGAAGGAUAGCAAGGUGAAGAUUACCGACUUCGGCGUUUCGGAAGUAUUUUCUGGCAUUCACCCCGGCCUUAGGGAAGCCGGUGGUCAAUGCGGUAUCGGCAUGGGCGAAGUACGUCUUUGCAAGCCUGGUAUCUGCGGCAGUCUUCCCUACAUCGCGCCCGAGGUGCUCAGCAAGAAAGUGGAAUACGACCCGCGCCCGUUGGACGUGUGGAGUUCGGCGAUUGUGAUGCUCUACCUCAUCUUCAAUGCGAACCUAUGGGAGAAGGCGCAGUUCGGUGGAUCUAAGACCUACAAUGAACUUGCCUCUGGCUGGGAAAAGAUUGACGCGAAGAGAGCAACCGAUCCGGAAUCGGUCAAGGAUGCGUAUCCUAAAGUCCAAGCGUUUGAAUGUUUUGUCAAGCCCGUCGCACUUCGACGUAUUCUCCUCAAUAUGCUUCACCCCGACCCGCAGAAGCGGAUGACGAUGAACGAGGUUGUUACGAAUCGAUGGAUCAAGAACAUCGAGUGCUGCCAGCUGGAGAGUUAUGAGGAUCCGGUCAAGUUCAUCGAUGCAUCCAAGAAGGACUGUAUGAAGUCGAGCACAGGCAAGAUUUUCUGCCACAACCACCUACCGCCUUUAAGCACGGGACACGGUCUACCUCCUAUGCCCGGAAAACCUGGCUAUUAA